AUGGAAGAGCUCGCCGGAGAUUUCACGGGUGAUCUGAUGGGUGGGAUAAUGAGCUCGAUUUGGCCACACGCGGCAAAAUACAUACAGAGUGAGCUGUUGGGCUGUAUCACUAGUUCAAUUAGUGGCAGCUUUGAUUUCAGUUCCUUCAUGAACUUCUUCCGGUUCACUGAGUCGUCCAUGGGAUCAGCUGUGCCGAAAAUCACCAACCCAAGAAUCAUCGAAAUCGGAAAAGACAACAUCGCGCUAGAAGUUGACGUCGACUACGAUGGAGAUGCCACAUUCGCGAUUGAAGUCGGCACAGCCAUGGCGAACCUUUCCUUUGGCGUCAAAAAUCUGACCUUCAAAGGGCCAAUGCAGAUCGAGUUUAAAGACCUCACGUCGACAGUUCCAUUCAUUUCUGCGAUCGUGUGUUACUUCACAGAAGCGCCCGACGUGGAUUUCAAAUUGACAAAGUCGGCUGCGAUCGCUAAUCAACCCUUUAUUCACAAAAACGUAAAGAAGGCACUUAAAGACGCGAUAGCGACGCAACUCUUGGAGCCUGAAAGGAUGGUUAUUCCGCUAGAAAUGGCCAAUAAAGAUCCCUCCGUCUACAAAUUCCCGUUGCCGGCUAGAAUCGUUGCCGUUAACGUGCUGGAAGCAGCUGAUUUGCCUGAUCUGGACAGCACACCUGGGCAAGGCGCUUCGGACCCUUUUGUGAAAGUCUAUUUAGACCCGCGGAAUCAAGCCAGAACUCCAGUGAUCAAAAACGAGCUGAACCCAACGUGGGACUUCAAGACGGUGUUCUCGGUGUUUCGGAAGAAUGCACAGCUCCUACUUGAAGUCAUCGACUCGGACGAUUUCGAGAAACUUGUUCCCGAAAUCGUUGAGCAAUUGCCGACCGAGCAAAUAGAAAGUCUUCCUUUUGGACUUGGCAAGAAAAUCAACAAAGGCUUCGGCGGAUUUAUGGGCAGCUCCUUUGGUUUUUUGAACAAAAAAGUUGAAGAAAUCAAAGAGAAAACAGACCUCAUUCCUGAUAUUCUAAAGAAGCCACUGGAAGACAAACUGCAGGAAUAUUCAGAAGAACCUCUUGGGAAAGUGAAAAUCAACCUGAAGAAAUUGUGGAACAAGGGUGUUACGGACGAGUGGUUUGAUUUGAAGGCUCCGGAAGGCGGUCGAAUUCACUGUCUUAUCGACCUCAAAAAACCUGUUUCUGUGGAAGAGUUAGAGGAAGGAAAGGAAAAGAAGAAAGUUUUUCAGUUUUACCUUCGCGAUCUAUGUGGCAUUCCUACCGACACAGCUGGCUAUGAAAGUGGGGAGGAAGUGUAUUUGGCGAUUCUAGAGCUCGAGAAUGGAAAGGUUGCCGAGCCCAGCUUGGAACUAGGACGAGGAAAAAUUGACCCGGAAAAUAACUUUGGAUUUGUCCAUUUUGAUAGAGCUGAGUUCAUGAUUUGUGAAGACGCAGAUGAGGAGAUUAGUGGCGAAUUCGUGGUGAAGAUUAUUCAAGAAGACGGAAACGACGGAACGGAAAUUUGCCGCGCAAAGAUUGCUAUUGCCGAUGAACAGAAGAUCUCGUUUUCUCAUAGAAACAAGAUCGAUGGAGAAAUUUCCAUUCACGGAAGAGCCCAAGUGCAAUAUUACCAAUAA